AGAUGUCUUGAGUCAGAGAGGUAUUUACCCACAACCCCCAGGGACCAUGCAACUUAACCAUACAUUCCAGUCACCAUAUAUGUAUAUAUACUGAGAUUUUAUCUGGAUUACUCAACUUUUGGAUUAUAUGUGACCAUGCAAGGAGCACAGUUACUUUAAUAUAGGACAAAUUACAAGAUCAGGAGCUUAAAAGAGAUUACCUACCUACCAUUUUCACUGAGGACAAUAACAACUUACAACUAUGACUGAGAAAGGAGAACAGGGACAUCAGUAUAGGGCAGGAUCACCACUCUCUAAGAAGAGAGAAAGGACAUUUUCGCCACCAAGAGCAGAAGAAGAAAAUGUGAAAACACCCAGAAUAAAAGGGGACACACCACGCAACAAGAUAGAACGAGAAGAGAAGUAUGGAUUAUCUGGUUACCAUGGUGACAACAAAACAGAAGAUGAUCUCGACAACAUCCUGGCCUCGAACAAUUCAGCUUCAGACAAGGCCAAGGCAAAUAUUGGAGCAGAACGUCAUCAGACUAGGAGUCAUUCGGAGGGGAGCAUAGAUUUAUUAUCUCCCACAUCAUUUAAAUCUCUGGAGGCUUUACUUGAAUCUCUUCCCGAGACGUCAAUAGAUGGCGAUGAUGUCCUCGAUGAUGAAAAUGAGGCUGAUGAUGAUGUACCUGUUACAAAGAUUGAUGCAGAUGAUGACGACUACCACGAGGAAGUCGUUGAAGUGAUAAAGGACUAUGAGAAUAUACUUUUCAUGUCAAGUACUAAGAAAAAGUCUAAUAAUGGUCAAAAUGGUCAAGCUAGUAAUAGGGACACUAAAGUUGAGAUUUUAGGACAUGACCAUAUGGUUACUAAUAUCGAUGACACACCACACACAAGAGAUAAUCAAAGAGCAUUAUCAACAGUUUCAGGUUUAUAUGAUAAUUUGGUGUUUGAAAAAGCAAAUGAAACAUACAAGAAAUCAUCUGAGAAACCAAACAAUAUAGAUUUAGUUACAGGAAUCGCCGCAUCUGAGUUACCUUCGAUCAGUAGUCCAAAGGUGAAACCAAGGUUGAAAAAGAAUAAAAAGCUCAAUUUACCCGACACCGAAAUCUCUGAAAAAACUACAGUUGAUGCAGUCGUCACUGUUGAAAGUCCCAAAGUGAAACCAAGAUCAAAGAGAAACAAGAAGUUGUCGAAGAUAGAACCUUCACCAGGGGACUCUGAUAAAGUCUAUACAAGAGUUGAAGCAAAUGGAGAUGAUGGAAAAAUAGUUGCCAUAGAAACGGAACAGGGAUUGAGUCCUUUGGAGCAUAAGCAAAUAGAAGAGAGUAUUAAACGAAAGCCUGGUUUAGAUUCUGAAAUAAAGUCAGGUGAUAUUGAAAAUGAGGCUGUUUCUAUAGAAACCAAUGAAAAGGAGGCUGAUAGAGAUUUUCAGAAGAGUUAUGAAAAGGAUAAAGAGGUUUCCAUGGCGACAGAACCAUUCCCAAGACCAGUAACAAUUAAGAAGCCUGUUCCUAUGGUAACAGAGAGUAAUACCAUCCCAGAUAAGAUUAUUUUGAAGAAAGCUGAGACUGGGGAGUCAAGUACUGAUCUAGACUUCUCUGUUAUAACAACUACCAGUCACCUUGACUCUGAGGCAAACAAACAGAAGACUGCCCUUAGUAAGCAAGGUUCAUUGGCUCAAAGGAGAAGACCAACAAGGAAGAAUAUCAAAAGUACAAUGGUCUCCAGUGAACUGACAUUAUUUGAGGACUCUACUGAACCAAGACCAAAGACCAUACAUUUUGACGAGGACCACGAUUAUGAGAAAUUAGAUGAAGACGAUAGAUCUCCUACCCCUGCCGCCACCCCCAAGAUGCCAUUAAAGCUGACGCCUAUACCUGGGGGUAUACCCUUGCUGAAGGCAGCUGGACGCCCUAUGCCUGGGAUUAAGACACCACUACAGAAACUCCCUGGCCUUGGGACUGAUGGCAAGCCAAAGCUGAAACCUGCAGUGAAGACAAAACCAGCUUUGAAGCAAGUUGAAGGAAAAAGUUCUGAGGCACCAGGCUGGUUGUCUAAAUUGAGACGCAAACCAGAUGGCGAUAAACCAGAUAAGAUGAAGCUGGACCAGGAACCUGAAAAACCAGCCUGGAUGAAAGAUGCUCUCGAGAAAACUAAACGCACUGCCAGUAUAAUUGAAACAAGCAAAGACUCUAUGCAAACAGAGAAGUCAGAGACCAGCACUAGUAAACCUGUAGAAGAUGAUAAACCAAACCCACCGUGGAUGGUGCAGCUACGGCGUAGCGGUCGUAACAACCGACCAAUCAAAACUCAGCAAACAGACAAUUUCUCAAAUAACAAAGAAAAUAGUACGAACAAUUCCAAUAUCCAACGUGCAGAUACUAUAUCCCACCAUAAAACUGGAUCUAGUGGCUCAGAAAAAGAACUUCUUAUAGAUUUUAAAAAUUUAAAAGACUCACCACGUAGCGAAUCACCAUUUUUAAAGAACUCCCCUCGUUCAUCAGGACGAGAGUCACCCUCCGUUAAAUCAUCAUCACGACGCUCGUCGCUUAGCAAUGGAUCUUCCUCUCCAAUCAUAGAUGAGAAUAGGACGCCCCUUUCUGAUAGUAACGAUAGUUUCAAUAUAGAGACUGAUGUUAUUCUUAGACAUCCCAACAAAAAGAAUUCUCCACGCUCCACAAAUAAUAUGGAAACAGAAGAUUCAAAUACAAAGGUGCCACUUUGGAAACAAGAAUUACAAAAACGAAAAACGAUCAAUUUCACGCCCUCCCCCAUUAACCAAUCAAAUAAGACUCCUAUACGGAUGUCCGAGGUGCCAAAGUGGAAGCGUGACCUAGCAGAGAAAAAGAAGUCAGAAGUGAAUAACCCUGAAUGGUUGAAAGAGAAAAAGGAAGACCAGAACAAGGUUGAGAGUGAUAGUACAGUGAAUACCCCAGUGCCCCUCUGGAAACAAGAAUUGGCCAAGAAGAGAGAGAAGCGUGCUUCACUCAGUCCUCAAGCAGUAAUCCCAACUGAGACCAGCAAAGCUGAACCAGAGUGGAAAAAACAGGCACAGAUACGUCGAGCACGAUUAGUCAAAUCUGGGAUAAUUAAUCCUGAUAGUAUAGACAGUGAGGAUUAGACAAUGAUGAAAAAUACAGUGAUGAUAGUACAAUGAUGAAUAGGGGCAAUGAUGGAUAAACAAUGAUGAAAACACAGUGAUGAUAAUGCAAUGAUGACUGGACAAUGUGCCUAAUUAGCGAACAGAGUAUUAAAAAGUAGAUAUUUUAUAUGAGAAAGUUACAAAUGGUAACAUGUAAAGUGAAUAGUACUUAUGCUUCUAGCUAAAUUUCACAAUGACAUAUUCAUACAUAUAUUACACACAAGAGAGUAAACAUUUGUAAAUUACACAAAAUACAGUUUACUUGCAUACACACAACAUAAACCUGUCUGUUAUACAAUGCAGUAUACGAUUGCUAUACAAUUCAGUAUAUAAUGUGUACAAUACAGUAUUUAUUGUUAUACAAUACAGUAUACAAUUGCCGUACAAUACAAUAUACAAUGCUAUACAAUACAGUAC